AUGGAGAACUCGGCACCCAUUGAUAGGAUCAGCAAUUUACCAGAUGAGAUACUCUGUUACAUACUCUCUUUUCUUCCAACCAAACUCGCUUUUACUACCACCAUUCUUUCGAAGCGGUGGACGUCACUCUUCAAAUUACUCACAACUCUCCACUUUGACGAUGAAUCCUUCAGUAAACAGGCCUUCCCUUGCUUCGUCAAUACAGUCAUGCUCUUCACCCAACUCAUCAAAACAUUUCACCUCAACUGUAAUUCUAUACAUCGCAACAGUUUCAACCUUUGGAUCAAAACUGCAAAACUGCAUCCUCUCGAGAAUCUGGAACUCCGCAGUACGUUUCAUGACAUUGGGAUCAUCUUGUGUCCAAGUAUUUUCAUAUUUCCAACACUUGUUGUUCUCAAAUUGACGAAACUAAAAGUGGUUCAUAAUAUCUUUGUCGAUCUUCCCUCUCUUAAGACCCUUCAUUUGAUUCAUGUAGUUUUCAAAAAUAAGGACAAUUUCAAUAAGCUUCUUAAUGAGUGUCCAAUUUUGGAAGAUUUGCAAACUUACGAUGUUUACUAUAUAGAAGAACAAGGCGAGGGUGUUAGGCUUAAAACCUUACCAAAAUUGAUGAGAGCCAAUAUCGAUACAUAUGAUGUUCCUAUUAAAGCAAUUUAUAAUGUCCACUUUCUAAAGAUUAAGAUGACGGGGAUGUCUCUUCAGCCAAAGAUUCAUUCAUAUUGUAGGGACUUUCUUGUACUUCAAAACUUAAUCCACCUUGAAUUAUGCUAUUAUAACAUGGAUGAUGUUGUCAAAGUUCUCCAGAAUUGCCCCAAGCUUCAAAUUCUUUCUGUUACUAAGUGGACAUACUUAUGCAACAAAGGUUUGUACUAUAUGCUAGGUGCAUUUCUCCCUACUUCUGUUCCUAAGUGCAUUUUUUCUCAGCUUAGAUCAUGUACUAUAAACUAUGACGGCUCCAUAGAUGAAAUUCAAUUUGCAACAUAUAUUUUAAAGAAUGCACCACUUUUACGAGUCAUGAAGAUCACCGUUACUGAACCAUCAUCGUCAUGUCAGGUUGCAUUAAAAAAACUAAAGUCGCAUCCAAGGAUUUCACCCAAAUGUGAACUUUCAAUUACUUUCACCUAG